GGCUGGCUUGUCUCUGUCCCCCUCCCCCGACUCUGAGGCGACCGACUCCUAGAAAAACGCACUCACCCGCCAAGCGCCUCGCGGGACAUCCCCCCCUCCUGUCGUAUCGCUGUCGAAACCCCUGCCUAUAUCCUUCUCCAUCGCUCUCCGUUUGCUGCUGACCGUCGUUCGCGCAUAGCUCUUCUGCUUGUUUUUGUCUGCAUCGGGUUUCUUGUCCUCCCUCUCGCUGUCGAUUCUUCUCGUUUCUCGCCUCCCGGACGCCGCACACACGGACCCGAAGGACCGUCAAUCCGCUCGAACGCUGCGCCAAUCGAUCUCUGCGCCUCUUCCGAUCUUCACGUCUCUUUUCGACAUGUCACGCUCGGAAGCACACGGCCAGGAAUACGACCACCUCGGGUUCGACGCCCGCACCAGCGGCGAGCAUGGCCCCGGCGCUGGCGGCGGCCAUGACUUCGGCGGCCACCUCAGGGACUUCAUGCCCCGGGACGGCCUGCGCGAGAACCAGUCGGCACCCGCGCGGGACUACGGCGGGCAGGACUUUGGGCCAUCGACGACGUUCUACAACUCGGCCUACAGCGCGUCCCCGCCGCCCUUCACGGCCGAUCGCAGGCCGUUGACGUCGAACAACAUGCCCGGCAGCGGCGGCUUCUCGUCGUUUGUUGCGCCGAGAAUGCUCAACCAAGGGCAGGGGAUCGGCGUCGGGACGGGAGGAGGUUGGAAUUCGAAGCCGGGCACGUACUCGGGCACGCCGAACACGGGCAGGCCGUCCGGCGAAGGCAGCGGAGGGAUGUCUUCACAAGUUCAACCCUCUGCACCCCCCUUGGUUCUUAACCACCACCAUCGCCCCUCUCCUCCCCGCGGCCUCCCAGAUAUCUACACCUCCCCCCUCCUAGCGUCCUCCCCUCCCUUCCCCGACCGCGAAAGUCGCGACGCUUUCUUGAACCAGCGACAGCAACACCAGCCCACCCCUCUAUCCGUCCAGCUUCCGCCCGCGCAGCCCCAGUCCCUUUCUUCUCCCAAUUCAGCCCCCUCUGCACGUACGACCCUUUGGUGGGGCGAACUCGAACCUUGGAUGGAUGAAGAAUACGCAAAGCAGGUCUGCACCCUCAUGGGUUGGGACCCUGUCGGCAUCAAGGUGCCCCGCCCUGCCCCCGACGCCAUCACCGGCCAGCAGGCCAACAACCCCGGCUACUGUUUCCUGACGUUCCCUACUCAGUCACACGCCGCAUCUGUCCUCCAGCAGGUCAACACCAGCAACGCGCCGCUGAUCAUGCCAAACUCUGCGAAGCAGUUCUCGCUCAACUGGGCCUCAUCAGUUCCUUCAGCUCCGCUCCCAGCGGCCAUGCCGGGUCAGACCAUUUCCAUUCCCGGUGUGCAGAACCCCCAAUACCCUAAAGAGUACAGCAUCUUCGUUGGUGAUCUUGCCCCUGAGGUAUCGAACUCGGACCUCGUUGCUGUCUUCCGGAACCCAGUUCUCGGCCUGCGCAACGAUCGUGAACCACGCUUCAUCCGACCUUUCUUGAGCUGCAAGAGUGCGAAGAUCAUGUUGGACCCUGUGACCGGGGUGUCCCGUGGGUACGGCUUCGUCAGGUUCACCGACGAGUCUGAUCAGCAGCGCGCUCUCAUCGAGAUGCAUGGUCUUUACUGCCUGUCGCGUCCCAUGCGCAUCUCGCCUGCCACGGCCAAGUUCAAGCCGGCCCCCGGUAUGACUGGAUUCGACUUCUCACAAAUGCCGUAUCCUUCUAUGAUGCAACCGCCUCCGCCUCACCCUGCGCAGGAGUCUUCGACUCAUCCCAUCGCCCUCCCUAGCUCUGCCCAGGCGAAGAGCGUGUCGGCGCCUCUUGCUGGUUCCGCUGCCGCGUCGAGCUCCGGCUCCUUAGCGAACACUGCGGGGUCCAUCGCGGGCUCGGCGAACUCGCUUUCUGCGCCUUCUCUCAGCACUGGCACCAGUACCACGUCAUCUUCCACGCUCGCGUCGGCGCCUUCCAAUGAUGCACUGAAGAACGAGCAGUUUGCUAAUGCCAGCGGAACCGGGUCGAACACGCCUUCGAGCGGCAACGCGCAAUCGAUCACUGCAUCUUUCGCGCAGCAGAACUCCGAAUACAACUUAUCGGAGGAGUCCUGGAAGCAUCACGCUCAGGCGCGCGCGAUACUGUCGAACCUGAUUGGGCCAAAUGGCGAGCAGUUGACCUCCUCGGAUCCAUACAACACGACGGUUUUCGUCGGUGGUCUGUCUCCUCUCAUCAACGAGGACACUCUCAGGACGUUCUUCGCUCCUUUCGGCGAGAUCCACUAUGUCAAGGUCCCUGUGGGCAAGCAUUGCGGCUUCGUUCAGUUCGUCCGGAAGCCCGACGCGGAGCGUGCCAUCGAGAAGAUGCAGGGCUUCCCUAUUGGAGGUAGCAGGAUUCGAUUGAGCUGGGGCCGUAGCCAAUACAAGGCAGCGCAGGCAGCGGCACAGGCCGCCCAGGCCGCCGCGUUCCAGGCUCAGUAUCAACCGCAGGCAGCUCCGAGCGCGCCGCUACCGAGCAUGCAGGGUCCCAACCCGCAGAACCCCAGUUCCCUUACCCCUGAGCAAGCGCUUCAGCUUCUUGAGAAGUUUGGACUGACGAUAGCCGGUGGCGGCGGGGGUAGCGGCGGGGCGGAGAAUGUGAGUAACGAGCGUCAGAUUGCAGCUGCUCUGCUCAACGACGUCGAUGACGAUCGCUUGGCAUCGUUCAACGCAUUCGCUCCUCCCGUCUUUGCUCCUCGCCAGGGCGCGAUGUCUACCAUCUUCUCUCCAUUCUCACCCGAUCCCAACUAUAUGGCUGAACGAGCGAACAUGGGCGUCCCAUCCACACAAGCACAACCCCUUUCGCACGCCUCAAAGGUCUACGCACCGUGGUACACCGGGCAGGACGAGAAGGUCGGGAGUACGAGCGGGAAGGUUUCGCCCACCUCCAUGCACAGUGGUCGCGCGCCGAACGCCCCCAAUCGUUUCACGUCGUUCCUCGGCGAAACGCCGGCUCCUGGGUCAUACCAACCCCGUGCAUCCAGCCGUCAGGAGACGGCCAUUUCGAGGCCCGAGGCUACCCGUCGCGACUCGCAGCAUCAAGAGCGCCUGUCGCACGGACAAGACCCUGACUCGUUCCGGGAUUUCAACGGCACGUUGGCCAGUCUUUCUCUCGACGAUCACGACAACUCGCAGUCGCAGGGCGCCGCGCACUAAAGCAACAAGCCCUCACCACAAGGACGCUCUAUCCCCAUAAUUUCUCCACUGUUCUGGCUUUGUUUCCUCGUUCGUUCCAGUUCGCUUGGUACCCCACAUCAUCCUAUGGCUAUCGAAUGUCACUUUCACGUUCUUCACGACGCUGUGUCAAUCCCGCCUUCCGUCCUUCCCCAUCAUGUUCCAUGUUAGCAUGCGGAAUCUGUUAUAUACAUCCCCUCUGCAACGCAUCUCUCCUGUCGUACCUCUAUCCUGUUAGUCUCGAAUGUUUGCCGCUACGACACCUCUCACACGACUCGCGAAGCCCCCAUCUCCGUUGUCUCGUUUUGUCCA